AUGGCAGGGAAGCAAGAGGCAAAGAUUGUUGUUCAGGCGAGGCCGAGGACACUGACAGAGCGACCGUUGGACGUGCUGUACCUGGCGUACUUUGGGAUUCACUUGAUCGCCUCGAUCGCGAUUGAUGCACAGUUGACCUAUCCGCCGUACUCGCAACGCUUGUUCCCUGAACCGCUUCGGAAGGUGCUACAGGACUAUCUGACCACGUCGAAAGAUCCAUUCUUACUAGCUGCAGAGGCGAGGUCUGCGAAUCACGUCUGGUUCAGAGUGCUGUUGGCGAGCGAGACAUUGUUUCAGAUCCCAUUCUUUGUUGUUGCCAUUUGGGGGUUGUUGAAUGAUGAGAAGCGCACAUACCCGCUGAUGGUAGCUUAUGGUACUCUGGCGGCAUCAUCUACUCUGCAAUGCAUCUGCAGUGUUCUCUUAGGAAGCGACGCAAUCGGGCUCUCACCGGCUCAGAUCCGGGGCCUUCUUCAAAACUAUGUCCCAUUCUGCUUGAUCCCAACGUUGCUCACAGUCGACAUGAUGUUGCGCAUUGUUCACCUCCUACCCAUCACACCAGCCACCCCGAUGGUCAAAGUUAGCAGCAAGGUCGAGUGA